GAACGAUACGCCACGAUUGUGUUGAACCAGCCUAUUACGAGGGACGAUGUGUUCCGGCGAGCGUGGAGAGCCAGCUCGUUGAGGAUAUGUGCGGAUGGAGGGGCGAAUCGACUGCAUGAUCACCUCAACGAAGGCGAGAGGGAGGAAUAUCUCCCCGAUCUGAUCAAGGGCGAUCUGGACUCUCUACGUCCGGAUGUCCGCAGGUACUACGCAGACCGAGGCGUCCAAGUCAAGCAAGACAAGGAUGAGUACUCGACGGAUCUGAUGAAGUGCGUAACGGAGGUGGAAGAGCGGGAAGCUGGGGCUGGGUCAGAGGCGGGUGAACAGAUCCCGACAUUGCUCAUGGGCGGCCUAUCGGGAAGAGUGGACCAAACGGUACAUACCAUGUCCCUGCUUCACAAGCUCCGGGGGAGGCGGUCCGAGGUGUAUGUGUUGAAUGGGGAGAGUGUCGCUUGGGUCUUGGACGAGGGAUCUCACCUGAUUGAGAUUGAUCAUAAGACCAUGGGGCAGACGUGUGGGAUUCUCCCGGUUGGGGUGGAUAGCGCCGUCGUCAAGACUGAAGGACUCAAGUGGGAUCUCGACGGCGAAACAUCGAUGGAUGGCCUGCUAUCUACUUCGAAUCACCUCUUACCGGAGAACCCGGCUGUAUGCCUGCGCACGAGCCGGCCGGUGCUGUGGUGUAUCGAGAUCAAGGAUCCAUUACCAUGA